CCGAGAGCAGAAAUGGACCCAGAAACUUUCUCCUGUUCCAUCUGUCUGGAUCUACUGAAGGAUCCGGUGACUAUUCCCUGUGGACACAGCUACUGCAUGAAGUGUAUUAAAACCCAGUGGGAUGAAGAGGAUCAGAAGGGAAUCCACAGCUGCCCUCAGUGCAGGGAGACAUUCACACCGAGACCUGUGCUAAAGAAGAGCACCAUGCUAGCAGCUCUAGUGGAGAAGAUGAUGAAGACUGGACUCCAAGCUGCUGCUGCUGACCACUGCUAUGCUGGACCUGAAGAUGUGGCCUGUGACUUCUGCACUGGAAGAAAACUGAAAGCCAUCAAGUCCUGUUUAGUCUGUCUGGUUUCCUACUGUAAGAAUCACCUCCAGCCUCACCUUGAUGUUCCUCGAAUGAAGAAACACAAGCUGGUGGAGCCGACCAAGAACCUGCAGGAGAACAUUUGCUCUGAUCACGACGAGAUGAUGAAGAUGUUCUGUCGUACUGAUCAGAAGUCUAUCUGUUAUCUCUGUUCAGUGGAUGAACAUAAAGGUCAUGACACAGUGUCAGCUGCAGCAGAAAGGACUGAGAGGCAGAGAGAGCUGGAGGAGAGACGAGGAAACAUCCAGCAGAGAAUCCAGGACAGAGAGAAAGAUGUGAAGCUGCUUCAACAGGAGGUGGAGGCCAUCAAUCGCUCUGCUGAUAAAACAGUGGAGGACAGUGAGGAGAUCUUCACCCAGAUGAUCCGUCUCCUCCAGAAAAGAAGCUCUGAGGUGAAGCAGCAGAUCAGAUCCCAGCAGGAAACUGAAGUGAGUCGAGUCAAAGAUGUUGAGGAGAAGCUGCAGCAGGAGAUCACUGAGCUGAAGAGGAAAGACGCUGAGCUGGAGCAGCUCUCACACACACAGGAUCACAACCAGUUUCUCCUCAACUACCCCUCACUGCCAGCACCCAGUGAGUCCACACACUCAUCCAGCAUCAACAUCCGUCCUCUGAGACACUUUGAGGACGUGACAGCAGCUGUGUCAGAGCUCAGAGACAAACUGCAGGACGUCCUGAGAGACUCAUGGACAAACAUCUCACUGAUGGUCACUGAGGUGGAUGUUCUGCUGUCAGCACAAGAACCAAAGACCAGAGCUGAGUUCUUGAAAUAUUCACUUGAAAUCACAAUGGAUCCAAACACAGCAAACACACGGCUUAAACUAUCAGAGAGGAACAGGAAGGUGACAUGGAUGAACGACCGUCAGUCUUAUUCUAAUCAUCCAGACAGAUUCAUUGAUCACCUUCAGGUUCUGAGUAGAGAGAGUCUGACUGGACGUUGUUACUGGGAGGUGGACAGGAGCGGGGAACAUGUUUCUGUAUCAGUCGCAUACGAGAAUACCAGCAGAGCAGGAACCUGGAAAGAGAGUGGAUUUGGAUGUAAUGACAAAUCUUGGGCUUUAGAUUGUAGUAGUUCUAGAUUUGGACACAACAACAUCUGGACCCCCAUCUCAGGUCCAGUUUCCUCCAGAAUCGGAGUGUAUCUGGAUCACACAGCAGGUCUUCUGUCCUUCUACAGCGUCUCUGAAACCAUGACUCUCCUCCACAGAGUCCAGACCACAUUCACUCAGCCGCUACUGGCUGGAGUUAGGGUGUGGCAUUAUUUUGGGUCUGGAUCCUCUGCAGAUUUCAUUAAACCCAACUAGAUUUCAUCUCUACUCUCUGACUUCACAUCAGGCUUCAUGGGUCUGCUGUUCUAUUCUUCUCUAUUUCUCUGGUUUAAAUGUAGUUCUUCUCAGUCUCUUUGCUCCAGGAGCCAUUAAUGAUCUUCUGAUGUUUUCUUUCAUUCUUUUAUUACACAGAGCUGAUCUGCAGAGCAAAUGUUCUUCAUUAAAUCAGUUGAUAUUGAUGUGAAACGAACUUUUCUUCAUUGUGAUCCAAAGAAAAAACUGAAACUAGAUUUGACUUUAAACUGAUGCUGAUUACUGAAAGACAAAAAUCAAAUCUUUCAUAGUCAGCUCAAACUGCCUUGCCUAGUGCAGUCAUUAUGCAUGUCAGUCCAGAAUGUGGGAUCCGAAUAUCUCCAUAAACAUUUCCACAUCUAAUUUUUCCUUCAGGCCACAAUUUCUGCAUUUCAUAAAUGUACCUGUACAAUAAAUUCAUUAAUUCAUUAUUA